AUGACCACCCAACUUCUGUGGAUGGCCCUGUCCCUACUGACCCUGCUCUGUACUGUGUCACACUGUGUGAGCUCCAAGGACAGCCAGCCAGAUCCUUCAAACCCACAGCAGGGGAUCACCUUCAGCCAUGUCUACAAAAUUGAUGUCCCAGGAAGAUCCAGUUGCACACUUGAACAUCUGCCAAGCCAGGAUGAGACAGGUCUUCAGAAAGACACCACAAAAAAUGGGGAAAAUGACAUUAUCUUCAAACAUAAUAUUAGGCUGCAGACACCUAAGUGUGAUUGUGAGGACUCGGAAAGCUUCAAGAAUCUUCUGUACAGAGUUAAUGGACUGGAAGAAGAGGUCAACUAUCUGAAGACCCAGUGCACUCAGGGAUGCUGUGGAGGAGGUGGCGCUGCAGGUGUGGAUACAAGCUGUAGCGGUCACGGGACUUACCAGCACGAGACCUGCAGCUGCCUCUGUAACCUGGGAUGGGAAGGCCCAGAUUGCUCUGUGUCCUCCUGCCCUGAUGAGUGCAAUAACAACGGUCUGUGUGUGGAAGGGAAAUGUGUGUGUUAUUAUGGCUACACAGGAGAAGACUGCAGCCAGCUGACGUGUGCUAACAAUUGCAAUGAUAAGGGGCAGUGUGUGGAUGGAAAAUGUAUAUGCUUCCCUCACUUCACCGGUGAGAGCUGCAACACCCCAAAGUGCCCUAAUGACUGCGCUGACAAUGGGCAUUGUGUGAAUGGCCAGUGCAUCUGUGACGAAGGCUUUCAUGGGGAAGACUGUUCAUUAGUCACUGGACCUCAGGGUCUGCGGUUGAUCCAAAAGACUGACGUCUCUCUACUGGUUGAGUGGGACUCUGUUCGGGGCGCUGAGUAUUAUACAUUAACAUAUCAUCCCAAAUAUGACGAGGUUGUCAUGAAGCAGGUUCGGGUUUCAAACACAGAGAAUUCCUACCUCAUCAAGGGUCUGACUCCAGGGGUUACCUACAUGGUCCAAAUCUAUGAUGUCAUCAAAAAGACCAGAAGUGAAGCGAAUGUGAUUGAAGCAACCACAGAUGUCUCAGCUAUUGAUGAUAUCCGAGUCCUUGGCCAGACGGAGGUUUCUAUCCAAGUGGACUGGAAGAACCCACAGGCAGAAGUGGAUUAUUUUAGUCUCAAACACACUGACCCGUUGGGACAGGAGGAGGAGUUGGAGGUACAGAUGAGCCAGGAGGCACGCACUAAACACACUAUUGUGGGUCUGUAUCCAGGAACAGAGUACCAGAUCUCUGUGCAAGCUAUCAAAGGAAACACAGAGGGAAAAUCUUCUUUGGCUACUGGGGUCACAGAAAUCGACGCUCCAACAAACAUUGUCACCACUGAAGUAACUGAAGACACAGCAACCGUCUCCUGGGAUCAGGUCCAGGCUAAAAUCGAGGGCUACAUGUUGAGCUACACCUCUGCUGGAGGCUCCAGUCCAGACAUCCCUGUUGGACGUGAUAGCACCUCUUACAGGCUGGUAGGCUUGAGGCCUGGUGUCCUUCACACUAUCUACAUCUGGGCCUUCAGAGGAGACCAAGUCAGCAGCAGGAGUUCAACCGAAGCUGAAACAGAGCUGGAUGCUCCUACUAACCUCUUGGUCAAAGAAGAGACAGACUCCAGCUUCAGACUGAGCUGGGAUCACACCCAGGCAGACAUCGAUAGCUACUUGCUGACCUAUAGCUCCUUUGAGGGCUUAAGUGAGGAAAUCCUUGUUGGAUCUGACAGCUCUUAUGUGCUGACCAACCUUAAGCCAGGGGUCAUCUACACCAUCUAUGUCUGGGCUGCUAAAGGGAGCAAAGCCAGCAGGAAGAUCUCAACUCAAGCCGAGACAGAACUGGAUGCUCCAGCUAACCUCGUAGUCCGAGACGAAACAGAGUCCAGCUUUACCAUCUCAUGGAAUCCAGUCCAGGCAGAAGUUGAUGGCUACAUCCUAACUUACACCCACCCUGACGGCUCUAGUGAAGAAAUACAUUUGGGGCCAAAUAGCACUUCCUAUGUGCUGACUGGGUUGAAGCCAGCACUUCUCUACACUGUGUACAUCAGGGCCGUCAAAGGGAACAAAACCAGCAGGAGGAUCUCAACACAAGCUGAAACAGAUAUUGAUUCCCCAAAGAACCUUAAAGCUUCAAACGUGCAAGCGGAUUCUGCCUCUUUAAGCUGGAUUCCUCCUCUGGCAAAGAUCGAUGGUUACAUCCUCACCUACAGAGACGAAGAAGGGAAAUUAGAGAUUGUUGAAAGGAAGCUUGCAGCCAACCAAAAAAGCUUCACUGCAUCCAGCCUAGAGAUGGGAAAGAGAUAUAUUGUGACCAUUGUUGCCUACAGAGGCUACAAAAGGAGCAAGAUGGUAGAGACAAUCUUCAAAACUGUUGGCAUGCAGCACUCCUUCCCCGUGGACUGUGUCCAGAUCCUGAAGAAUGGCAACUCAAACAGUGGCAUCUACACCGUCUACAUUAACAACAACCGGUCGAAACCAGUAGAAGCAUUUUGCGACAUGCACACCGAUGGAGGCGGCUGGCUGGUGCUCCAGCGCCGUAACACUGGCAAGCUGGACUUCAUGAAACGCUGGAAGCAGUACAUAGCAGGUUUUGGUAACUUGACAGAGGAGUUCUGGCUUGGUUUGGAGAAGAUUUAUGAGCUAACCAACACUCCGACUCAGUAUGAGCUGCGGUUUGAUUUGGGUCUGGGCUCAGAGAGGGCCUACGCUGUCUAUGACAAGUUUAAGAUUGCACCGGUCAAGCAGAAGUUCAAGCUCACUAUUGGCAAAUAUAGAGGGACAGCAGGUGAUGCCAUGACCUACCAUGAAGGACGACCCUGGACAACCAUUGAUUUAGAUAAUGACAUUGCACUGGGAAACUGUGCCUUGACCCACCGAGGUGCCUGGUGGUACAAGAACUGCCACUUGGCUAACCUCAACGGCAAAUGGGGUGACAGCAGACACAGCACGGGAGUCAACUGGGAACCAUGGAAGGGACAUCUGACAUCACUUGACUUCACCGAGAUGAAGAUACGACCCGUGGGAGCCGUGUCCAGUAAGAAGAGGAGAUCGCUGAUGACCAGAGAGAAAAGAACAUCCUCAAAUGUUCACAAGAAAUAGGAGAGCAGCCAAAACGAACAGAUUAGAUCAGAUCCACU